UUCCUAUGUUUUUUGACUCCCAUUUUGAUUUCUCUUGGCAUAUCAUAUAUGCUAGCUAGCUAGUGCAACCACCUCCUCUUUCUCUUCCUAUUACCAUAAUUAUAUCUCUUUUUUCUCCUUUGCAGCUUUUCUGAUUAUCAUAUAUCAUAUAGCAUAUAUAGAUAUCAUGGGAGAUUCAUCUUCUGCUUCUUACAUACACAUGGUUCAGCACCUGAUAGAGAAGUGUCUGAUCUUCCACAUGACUAAAGAAGAGUGCAUGGAAGCCCUUUUUAAACAUGCAAACAUCAAACAUGUCAUCACCUCCACUGUGUGGAAUGAAUUAGAGAAAGAAAACAAGGAAUUCUUCGAGGCUUAUGCACAAUCACAAGGAAAAGGAGAUAGAAUUUCAGAGGAAGAGACAAACCAAAUGAUCCAAAAGAUUGUAUCGGAUUCUUCAAAAGAUUCCGACGACUAACAUGCCAUUUGGAAAACGAUCGAUAUCUUACCUUUGGGGUUCUGGUUUUGUUGUUGGCUACCUCAAAAAACUCCUUCAUCAAUGUUCCUCAGCAUCCAGCCAAACCCACAAAGGUUUUGUAGAGCUACACUCCUCUCUCUCUCUCUCUCUCUCUCUCUCUUCAUGUGGUCCCACUUUUACUUUCAACAUUAUUGUUAUUUUAUCACAACAAUACGGAAGUAGCACGGAAUCUCUUCAUUCGUCGACCCUACUUCAUAUCCUCCAAUAAUCGUCCGCCACAUCACCAACUACUCGCCUAUACGGCCGUGCCAUGUCACUUGUAAGAAUUUUUUAUUAUCCUAUAUUUCCCGACCAAAACUCUCAAAUGGUCGAAGAUGAUUGGUUGUUAUCUUAAUUAUCGUUUGUACAAAUCAUUUCUAUAUGAAUAAAUAUGUGGGUUUUCUUUUUCUUUA